UUGCAAAGCUACUUUUUCUGCUAAACGCAGCCAUUGGAUAUAAUCAGAUAUGAUCAAACUGUUAUGAUAAUUUAUUUUUAAUACUAUUUUGUAUGUACGUUACAAUGUGUGAUAUUGUCAAGUGUUAACAAUGAUAAUGAUGAUUUAAAGAAAACAAAUCAAGAUCAAUUACCAAUAUGGCUUCGGUGAGAAUAUUAAAUCAUAUUCUCCAGAGAAGGCACUUGAUUACUUAUAUGCAAGGUACUUCCUAUUAUCUUAGUAUUCCUAAACACAAUGCUUGGUACUCGACAAAGAAAGUGACCAAGACUGUGACCAAGACUGAAUCCAAUGAAGACAAUAAUCAGGUACAGAUUGGCACUGCAGAAGUAGUUAAAGAAAACCUAAAAUCUGCUGGAUAUCUUGGAGUAAUAAUAGGUGGUAUUGGAAUCACAGCUUUAAUCUUGUAUACCUUAUUUUCGGAAUUGUUUUCUAGUAAAAGCCCAUAUGGGGUUUACAGCGAGGCUCGUGUACGCUGCAUGGAACAUCCAAAGGUCAUAGAUAUUCUUGGAGCACCUUUAAAAGCUUAUGGAGAGGAAACUCGACGUGGACGUAGAAGACAUAUCGGUCAUAUGUAUUACAUUAAAGAAGGCGUUAAGUAUAUGAGAAUACAAUUUUAUAUACAAGGAACAAGAAGGAAAGGAACUGCAUAUGCAGAAGUGAAGGAAAACGCAUCUGGCAAUUAUGAAUAUACAUAUAUAUAUGUUAUGGUGAAUUAUGUUGGAACGAUCAUAGUGAAGGAUAAUCGCGAUACUACUAAAAUGCAACAAAAUCAAGAGUCCACGUUGGAUCUCAACUUAUUAUUGGAUAAUCAAUAAUUGUGUUAUAUAUUGAUAUGUAAAUAAUGUUUUAUAUCUAUGUAUAUGUCUACUUCUUAUGUUGUGUAUGAAAUUUUAUAUACAAUAUAAUGUUUCUUA